AUGCUAAGUGAACUGCAGGGUGUUUUGGGAAGUAGGGAUUCUGCAAAACAAUGGGGAGACGAGGAAGAAAAUUUAAAGAAUGAAACUGAUCGGAAGGAUAAUGAGGCUUCUGGAUCAGGAAAAGACAAAGGCAAAGGUAUUUUUGGAGAAGGAAAUGAUGAAGAUGCAAACAUUAGUAAGUCGGAAAGAGUAGAAAGAGAGAAAAUAGAUAAAGAGCUUGAUGAAGUCAAUGCUCUUCGGAAGAAAUUCGAGGCAAAAGAAGCUGAAGCCAAGAAUUUGCAACUGAUUCUUGAAACUUAG